AUGGCAGCAGCCGAAGAAGAGUUACUGCUACCGCGGCUCCCCGAGCUGUUCGAAACCAGCAAGCAGCUUUUGGACGAAGUGGAAAUUGCAACUGAACCCACCGGCUCCCGAAUAAUCCAAGAUAAAGUGUUCAAGGGACUGGAUCUCCUGAAGAAGGCUGCUGAAAUGUUGUUGCAGCUCAACUUGUUCAGCCAAAAUGAAGAUUUGGAGGAGAUCGCGUCCACCGACCUGAAGUACCUGAUGGUGCCAGCAUUUCAAGGAGCGUUUGCCAUGAAACAAGUCAAUCCCAACAAGCGUCUAGAUCAUUUGCAGUGGGCUCGAGAACACUUUUUAAACUACUUAACUCAGUGCCAGUACUAUCAUGUGGCAGAGUUUAAGCUGCCCAAAACCAAGACCAACUCAGCUGAAAAUAACACUGCUAAUUCCUCCAUGGCCUAUCCUAGCAUUGUUGCUAUGGCAUCUCAGAGACAGGCUAAAAUAGAGAGAUACAAGCAGAAGAAGGAGGUGGAGCAUAGGUUGUCUGCAUUGAAAUCUGCUGUGGAAGGUGGUCAAGCAGAUGAUGAGCAUGUUCGUGAAUAUUACCUCCUUCACCUCCGAAGGUGGAUUGGUAUCAGCUUAGAAGAGAUUGAGAGCAUUGACCAGGAGAUAAAGAUCUUGAGAGAAAAAGACUCCACAAAAGAGGCAUCAACUUCUCAGUCAUCUCGUCAUGACAGGCCUCCAAUGAAACCGUUUGUUCUCACUCGGAACAUGGCCCAAGCCAAAGUAUUUGGAGCCGGUUAUCCAAGUCUGGCAUCUAUGACGGUGAAUGACUGGUAUGAACAGCAUCGGAAAUUUGGAGCAUUACCAGAUCAGGGAAUAGCCAAGACAACGUCAGAGUUCAAAAGAGCAGCUCAGCAACAAGACGAUCAGGAGCAUGAGGAGGAAGAGGAUGAUGAACAGGCAGUCCGCAGAGCUCGGGAGUGGGAUGACUGGAAGGACACCCGUCCUAGAGGCUAUGGCAACCGGCAGAACAUGGGUUAGCCUCCCCACAACGAGCCAGGACAACAGGGGCUUACAUCUUCCCCGCCAAGGACAAUUGUGCCGUCUCCCCCACCCUGGUCUUCUGCUUCAGCUGUGUACAACGAAGGCAGAGAUGCUUAGUCUUGCUUAGUGUUCAAUAAAAUGUCAAGCAAUGAAGUAUGUAUUUGUACCCUAAAUGAUAAGCCAGAAAUCUUGUUUUGGCAUUAAUCAUUCUCAUCAUUGUAUGUUUUAAUUUUCUUUUUUUUUAAAUUUCCCUAAGUGGAAAGAAAAGAGGACUGAGAAAUGGCUCUGUAUAAUCAAUCAAUGGCUGUAUGGAUUAUCUUUUAAAAAAAUAAAGGUCCCUUCUAUCAAAAAAAAAAA